AUGACCUCGGUCGCGCAGAAGUUCGAGGCCGCGAAGGAGAAGGCCGCGAUGGCUAUCCACCGCUUCAAGAACCGUCAGUUCUUCGCCACCACCAAAAAGGGCGAGGUGUCUGAGUUCCGCGAGGAGCUUCGCGCCCAGGAGCCGCGCAUCCGCAAGGACGCCGUGAAGAAGGUGAUCGCGGCCAUGACGGUCGGCAAGGACGUCUCCAUGCUCUUCACGGACGUCGUGAACUGCAUGCAGACCGAGGACCUCGAGCUCAAGAAGCUCGUGUACCUCUACAUCAUCAACUACGCGAAAACCAAGCCCGACCUGGCCAUCCUCGCCGUCAACACCUUUGUCAAGGACUCCAUGGACCCGAACCCGCUGAUCCGCGCGCUCGCGGUGCGCACGAUGGGCUGCAUUCGCGUGGACCGUAUCCUGGAGUACAUCUGCGACCCGCUGCGCCGCUGCAUCCGCGACCAGGACCCGUACGUUCGCAAGACCGCCGCCGUGUGCGUGGCAAAGCUCUACGACAUCUCCGCGGACCUCGCCGAGGACCGCGGCUUCGUCGACGCCCUCGUGGAGAUGGUCGGAGACAGCAACCCGAUGGUCGUGGCGAACGCGGUGGCGGCGCUGACGGAGAUCGACGACAUAAGCACCGGCGGCGCGGGGGAGAGCCCACGGCUCGAGUUCCUUGAGGUCGGCAAGCUGCUGGUUGCCGUGAACGAGUGCACGGAGUGGGGACAGGUGUUCCUCCUGGACGCGCUGGCGCGCAUCCGCAUGCACGGCGAGGAGCAGGCGCGCAUGGUCAUCGAGCGCGUGAUCCCGCGGCUCUCGCACGUCAACAGCGCCGUCGUGCUGUCGGCGAUCCGCGUCAUCCUCCACUGCAUGGACUCGCUCCCCGUGGGCGCCGCGCAGGCGUACAGCCGCAAGCUCGCGCCCCCGCUCGUCACGCUGCUGUCGGCCGAGCCCGAGGUGCAGUACGUGGCGCUGCGCAACAUCGUGCUCAUCGUGCAAAAGUACCCCGAGAUCCUCGCGCACGAGAUCAAGGUCUUCUUCUGCAAGUACAACGACCCCCUGUACGUCAAGAUGGAGAAGCUCGAAAUCAUGGUGAUGCUGGCGUCGCUCAGCACCGUCGACCUGGUGCUCAUGGAGCUCAAGGAGUACGCGCUCGAGGUCGACGUGGACUUCGUGCGCAAGGCCGUGCGGUGCAUCGGGCGCUGCGCGGUCAAGCUGCGCGACGCGGCGCAGCGCUGCAUUGACGUGCUGCUGGAGCUGAUUCAGACGCGCGUGACGUACCUGACUCAGGAGGCCGUCGUCGUCAUCAAGGACAUCUUCCGGCGGUACCCGAACCGAUACGAGUCCGUCAUCUCCCAGCUCUGCGAGUCCCUCGAGGGCCUCGACGAGCCCGAGGCCAAGGCGUCCAUGGUGUGGAUCAUCGGGGAGUACGCCGAGCGCAUCGACAACGCGCAGGAGCUCCUGGACCUCCUCCUGGAGUCCUUCCCGGAGGAGACGCACGCCGUGCAGCUGCAGCUCCUGACCGCGGCCGUCAAGCUCUUCCUGCAGUCCCCGACCGAGGCGUCCCAGCAGAUGAUCCAGCUCGUGCUCUCGUCGGCGACGCAGGACACGGAUGACCCGGACCUGCGCGACCGGGCCUACAUCUACUGGCGGCUGCUCUCGACGGACCCGGAGGUCGCGCGCGCCGUCGUGAUGUGCGAGCGGCCGGAGAUCUCCCCGGAGUCGUCGUAUCUGCCGCAGCCGAUGCUCAACCAGCUGCUGGGUCAAGUGGCGACGCUGGCGAGUGUGUACCACCGCCCGGCGACGUCGUUCGUGACGCGGCACCGCCAGGCGCUGCAGAGCUACGAGGCGCUGCAGGCGCGCCGGCAGCUCGAGGACGCGGAGGAGUACGGUGGGGAGGUCGAAGACUCGGCUGCUGCGGCAGCGGCGCAGGCAGCGGCGCAGGCCGGGGCGGCGGCCGGGCCGUCGGCUGCGGCUGCGGCCGCGCAGGCGGUCGGAGGCAUCUCGGAUUUGCUCGACCUGAGCGGCGACGACCCCGCGCCGGCGCCGGCGGCGCCGCAGGGAGGGGGCGGUCUUGGGGGGGGUCUUGAUGACAUCCUCGGCGUGGGCGAUGCGCCGGCGCCGGCGCCGGCGCCGGCGCCUGCUGCGGCGGCGCCGGGCGUGCCGACGCUGCUGACGCCGGAGCAGGGGCGUGGGAUGCGGAUUCUUGGCCGCAUGGCGCGUGUGCAGGGCGGUGCUGCCCUGCAGCUGCAAGUGGACAACACGACGGGCGCGCCGGUGGACGGCUUCAUGAUUCAGGUCAACAAGAACGCGUUCGGGCUGCAGCCGGCGCAGGUCGUGAUGAAUCUGGCGUCGGUGGCGCCGGGCGGCUCGGGGCGGUGCGUGGUCCCGCUGGCCGUGUCGCCAGCGCACGUGACGGGCGCGCCGGCGCCGCGGCUGCAGAUCGCGGUGAAGACGAACCAGCUGGGCGUGGCGUACUUCGAAUGCGCGCUCGCGGCGGAGGCGGUGUGCAGCCCCGACGGCGCGGUCACGGGGGGGGAGUUCCUUCAAAAGUACCCCGGGCUCCCCGAGACGCCCCCGGGCGGCGCCAGCGUGUCGCUCCCCGCGCCCAUCGACCCGGCCGCGCUGUCCGCGAAGCUGUCCGGCGCGGGGCUGCACGUGGUGCACACCCGCCCGACCGACGCCGGGCACGCCGUGUUCGCCAGCUGCAAGUUCGGCGGGACGGACGUGCUGCUCGACCUGCGGCUGACGACGGGCGCCCCAAGCCUGCAGGCGCACAUCCGCGCGCAGCAGCCGGACGCCGGGCCUAUGUUUGCGGAGGCACUGCAGCGCGUGCUGGGCCAGUAG